CCCCUUUAAUUUGCCCACGCUGUAUAGCGGUAAGGAGUGGUGAGCAGCACAGCUCACUGACUGUAGUCCCUUUGUAUGCGCAGCAGUGCCCAACUGCAGCCUAAACUGCUCGCUCUUACACAAUAAUUAUGAGUAAAAGACGAAAAGUUGGACUUUGACAUGAAAUGUAUCGCUCGCGCCGCGCCACUCCCUAAAAUGAACGAGGAGAACACAAGUAAGCGCACGAGGAAUCCAUGUACAUAUUUCGAUGGAUAUUUUGCAUCUUGAAAACAACUCGGGAAGGUUGACUUUUAUUUUUUUUAAACGCAUGAUUUAAUGCAUUAAUGCCUUGAGUGAAACGAAAUGCGUGAAUGCCUUUAGCACAGUAAUGCAUGGGCAUGCUUUGAUCAUCCACUUAGAGAGAGGAACCUAUUGCUGAAGCAUGUCACUGCAGACACCUCGCGCUUGCUUGAAGGGGUUAAAACACUGAUCACAGCCGGUGUGAUGUGUUUUUCAUGGGUGCAUGAGCCUGGAAUCUGAAUAUGUGUCCUCUAAUCAAAAAACGUUGUUUUGGGGCAAUUGGAUAACACCUUAAAAAGGGACGCUGUCUUUGCGCAACGGGGAAAAAAAAACCCAAACAAACAGCCAAAUUAUGACGGAGAACAUCUGAAACGUGAUGCUCGAUGGAUUUUUGCCCUUAAGAUGAGCACGUUUGCUCAACAACAAGAUGUUGCCACUCCUCAGAGCAUCAUUUUGGCCAUCAAACUCGAGUGGCCACACGUAUUCAGGCAAUUCUCCUCAGUCUCUUGUGUUAAAUGUUACUAUCGUGUGUAAUGUGAGCAUGUUUGAGGCGACGCCCAACGCAAACAGCUCCCCUGUUUCUUUGCAGAUCUCUGAAUUGAGUCGAGACAACACUGUGAGGACACAGGGGGCGUCAGAUUUUGCUGACCUUAGCAUCUUUGGACCGUUUCAAUGGGAAGCUCUUUACCAAUAACACCUUGAGGGAGUCCCCUUCGCUUUGCCUCCGUUCAUUUCUUUGAGACGCGCUGCUGCUUCUGUAUGUUUCCCGUUUGUCCUGAAGGCGUGCACGGGUGGAUAUAUUCAAGUUCAGCGCAGCAGAUCUGGCGCAGCGGGCGGGAGGAAGACCAGGAUCAUUGCAGUACCUGUAAUGAAUGGCUGCUGAAAGACACCACUGACCCUGGCAACGAGACGUUUUAUUAGUUUUGCUGGUGUCAUGUAAACAUAAUCAUUUAACAAAUGAUUUCUAUGGCGCUUUGGGGACUCUUGAUGCUUGCAGUGUUUCCUGGGUUCUAAUGCAAGAGGGAGGUGUUAACGAGUGAAAAGAAGCCCCAAUUUUCCCACAAACUUUUAGAGGCAACACCGUCGCAUCCUGACCACAAACUGCAGGUUUCAUUCAUUCACAGCAUGACUGUUGCCACGGGCGACCCAGUUGAUGAAGCCGCAGCUCACCCGGGUCAGCCACAUGACACGUACGACCCGGAACCAGACCAUGAGUGCUGCGAAAGGGUGGUCAUUAACAUCUCUGGCCUGCGCUUUGAGACGCAGCUCAAAACUCUGUCUCAGUUCCCAGAGACAUUGCUUGGGGACCCCAAAAAGAGAAUGCGCUAUUUUGACCCUUUGAGGAACGAGUACUUUUUUGACAGGAACCGCCCAAGUUUUGAUGCCAUUCUCUAUUACUACCAAUCAGGCGGCAGGCUGCGAAGGCCUGUCAAUGUGACAUUGGAUAUUUUUUCUGAGGAGAUACGUUUUUAUGAGCUUGGGGAAGAAGCCAUUGAGAUGUUCAGGGAAGAUGAAGGAUUUAUUAAGGAAGAGGAGACUCUGCCAGAAAAUGAGUUUCAGAGGCAGGUAUGGCUGCUCUUUGAGUAUCCUGAGAGUUCAGGGCCUGCCCGGAUUAUUGCCAUCAUUUCAGUCAUGGUCAUUCUCAUAUCUAUAGUCAGUUUUUGCCUGGAGACACUUCCGAUUUUUCGCAAUGAGGAAAUGGAGAUGCACAAAACGUACGCGACCAACUCCAACUCAACAAUUAGCUAUACCUCCACCUACUUUACUGACCCUUUCUUCAUCUUGGAGACCCUUUGCAUCAUAUGGUUCUCCUUUGAGUUCCUGGUGCGGUUCUUUGCGUGUCCCAGCAAAGCAGGCUUCUUUGUCAAUAUAAUGAACAUCAUUGAUAUUGUGGCUAUAAUACCUUACUUUAUCACCUUGGGCACGGAGCUAGCAGAGAAGCCAGAGGAUGGUCAGCAAGGGCAGCAAGCCAUGUCACUUGCCAUUUUGAGGGUCAUCAGAUUAGUACGAGUCUUUAGGAUCUUCAAACUUUCUCGGCACUCAAAAGGGCUGCAGAUUCUCGGCCAAACGCUCAAGGCCAGCAUGAGGGAGCUCGGGCUGCUUAUCUUCUUUCUCUUCAUUGGAGUCAUCCUCUUUUCGAGUGCCGUCUACUUCGCAGAAGCGGAUGAGCCUGACUCACAGUUUGUAAGCAUCCCUGAUGCCUUCUGGUGGGCGGUGGUUUCAAUGACAACAGUAGGGUAUGGCGACAUGGUUCCAACUACCAUCGGAGGCAAAAUUGUGGGAUCCCUGUGCGCUAUCGCUGGUGUGCUGACCAUUGCCUUGCCUGUGCCUGUCAUAGUCUCAAACUUCAACUACUUCUACCAUCGAGAGACAGAAGGCGAGGAACAGGCCCAGUACCUUAACGUGACCAGCGUCCCCAAGAUAGAUUCGUCAGAGGACCUGAAAAAGAGCCGCAGCGGGUCAACCAUGAGCAAGUCUGACUACAUGGAGAUUCAAGAGGCUGUUAACAACAGCAACGAGGACUUCCGAGAGGAGAACAUCAAGACUGGCAACUGCACACUAACCAACACUAACUAUGUUAACAUCACCAAAAUGCUUACUGAUGUAUAACCGCUUUGAACUGCCUUUGACGAAGAAGGUAAGAUAAAGAAGGGGUGUGCAAACCCUAGUUUUGAAGGCUUCAGACACCUCUUGGAAGAGUUUCAAGACGGGAGAAUUGAAAUGCGUCCAUUUGAGUGAAGGAUCAGUGAAGAAGACCUGUCCAUCAUUCCAUCUCCAUUCCCUCUCACAAGUUCUGGGAAACUUGAUUGGUGGGGAACGUUGUUUUGCAUUCUUGUGUUCAGUGUCUGCAUGGAGUUUGUCUAUUCUGUAUGACUGUGCUAGUAGUCGGUCUGCUUGCGACAGUAGCCAAUCGUAGCCUAACCAGUAGAUACAAGCGUAGCGUAGAUGGACCAAUUCCUGACUCCCAGUUCCCCAUUCACUGCCAACCUGAGGAUCCCUUGAGUCUUUUUUGAGUGUAUUUAUACCUGGGAAGAACAAGAAUUUUGAUUAAUGGCAUAUAAAAACAUGGAGGAGAUAACAUAUUCACGAAGAAUCACCAUGGAGGAUGUAUUUCUCUGUGAAUGCACAAACGCUGCCUGUCCUGCCAGCCGCAACGGUGUACCAUGUGCGGUACCUAAAAAAUGUUACAUUCCAUCUUGUGACGGAGAAAUACAUGCAUGGCCUAUCUUGGGGGUCUGGAAGACCGGUUAUGUGGCCCUAUCUGUAUGACCUUUUUUCCCUCUUUCGCUGCCAGCAUACUAGGAUCUCAGUGUGUCCCGUGUUAGAGUAAACACCCUGAAAGUGGAGUGGAGAUUGUUUUGAAGUUGCCCUUUUUCCAUCGUCGUCAUUUCACUACACUGCAUGAGCAGCUGCCCUCCAUUGCAUCAUUUCCUUCCGUCACUUACUUUUCCCAGCAUUGUAAACUUCCAAGCAUUCCAUGUGUAUGAGAAAUGUCUUUUGUAACAAAGAUCUACCCCUAAAAGCGCCUGAUGGGGGAUUGCAGGAGUCUAGAUAUUUUACUGUGACAUCGCAGCCAACAACAGCAAAACACUAGCUCACUAUGUCAGGUCACCAAAGAUGAAGUUCACUGCCGCUAUUUAUUUCAUUUUUAUGUUGUUUUUACAUUUUAGUGCCAUUUCAUGGUGCAUCCUGCUCAUGAUAUGAUGCUGGAGAAUUUCGAUAAAACUUGUAUGAAAAUGAUGCUUCCUUGAAUAGCUUUUGUAAGAGAUAGGAAAUAUUCUACUACCUUUGUGAUGCAUGUCUGGUACACAUUCAUUGUAGCAUGCAUGUAGUAAGAAUGAUACUUACAAAACUAGAAAUAAGUAUUCAUAUCUUUAUCAAUAUAAAUAUUUUUCUCUGUGAGAUUAACAGUAUGUGCAAUAUUAUAAAUGCUUGUUUUUUUUUUUUUAAGGUUGCAAGAUUUUGCAAAUAGUUUUCUAUGUUAGUAGGCUAAUACAUUAGUUGGAGUGUAAUAGCCCACUUUCAGGGUUGAAUACCUUGAAGGUUGCUCAUUUCUUAGUUUGGUUUAAUUAAGCAAGGGAGAGUGAGAUGCACCAAUUAAAAUGAGCAUUUCAAAGCACCACAUUUGGAUAUGAGGGAGAUCUAACUUUAAAAAAUCUCAAUCCCUGAUUUAAUAACAAGGGAUUCUGAUGAUUUUUGUUCAAUGUUUUGUGCCACAUCUAGUCUGUAGCCUGUUCUCAUAACUAAAGAUGGUUUACAUAGUAUUGUCUUUUGUGCUUAAAGGAUUAGUUCACUUUCAAACAAAAUUAUUUUUACUCACCCCCAUGUCAUCCAAGAUGUCCAUGUCCUUCUUUCUUCA